ACUGUUUAUAAAAUGCCGUUCCCAUUGCACUCGAAAAUCAUUCACUAUCAUUUACCAGCAUGUCGCGUUUCUUACCGCUGAGUGUGUUCCUAUUUGGAUCAAUUCUCUUUAAUUCAGCUACUUCCAAUGUCCUUAACUGCACGGAGUGCAGCAGUGUCGUAAGCUGGGCCGACUGCUCGAAUGGCGGUCGUGUCACUCAAUGUACAACGGAGCUCGUGAAUGCGCUCCAUAGUCAAUUAAGGAUUGGCAAUCCAAAUCUUCCGAUCGGAAACUACAGCGAGUUCAAGUGCUUCAAAAUUAAAGUCAGUAUAAGUAAUGCGACUGUUCCAAAUGUGGGGACGGAGUACCUCCAGGGGUGUACCUUCCAGUCGGCCAAGUUCUGUAGUGGAUGGCGCAAUGUUACCGUUUUGGAGUGUUCCGGAGCGGCUGCUCUACGCUUUACUGCGGGGCUGUUUGUGUUGAUGGUGGUGGGAAUCUUGGUCGUGUAUGAUUGGAAAUAAAAUGUUCAUUUAAAUGA